GCUUUCAUUUCUAGAAGCUGGAAAUGCAAAUGAAAGUGUAAUUGUUUAUCAUCAUUUCAUCAUCAUUUAAGAAGUAGUCGAAGAAGUUGAUCUUACAAUAAAUCAAUAUACAGGAGUCAGGAUGAAAAGGACCAGUAAGGCAAGGCAAGGCACCGCAGAUCUGCAGAAAGUUCAUGCUGGAAGUGCUGCUGUACUACAGAAAGCACAGAAUGUGGCAGCUAAAAGAUCCAGCAGCAGAGAGCCAGGGAGGAGAAAUCAAGUGCCUCUCAAUGGAUGGUCGCCCUUUUGCCGUUUCUGUACAAGACAGGAAGCAGAGUUUCUUGUUCUCCGAGAGCAACGCAUCCUGCUAUUGGCAAAGAAGGAAAAUUGCCACUUCCUUACUAGAUUAUUCGCCUCUUUCUCUAUGGAACAUUAUAUCUGCCUGGCUAUGGAGUUUGUAGAUGGGGAGACUUGGCAUCCCAUUUGGUCAGAAACGGAAUGUCACAGGAGAGAACUAGAUUUUAUUCCGCCUGUAUUGUACUUGGGCUGCAGUUUUUGCAUGAUCGGAACAUCACCCAUAGGGAUUUAAAACUAGAAAAUGUAUUACUGGAUAGAGAUGGAUACGCCAAAAUUACUGACUUUGGCAUUAGCAAAGAAGGAAUGAGUUUUACAGACAGAAGCCAAACUCAAUGUGGAACUUUGCCGUAUAUGGCCCCGGAAAUGUUUACACAGUAUCCCUACACAAGAUCAGUGGACUGGUGGGGAUUGGGAGUGUGCAUUUAUUUAAUGCGCCUCAGUCAGCUAUUGACCAAAACCCCAUAUCGUCGCCUUGGGUCUGACAUAAAUGGUGCUGAGGAUGUAAAGAAAAGUGAUUUCUUUGUGGGAUUAGACUGGGAAGCUUUACAGAAAAAAGAAGUCCAGCCUCCCUUUGUUCCUAAAAUAAAAGUUCCAGAGAUCUGCACUGAAGGAUUUGCAUUGGAACCACCAGAAUUGACAUUACAGCUGUUAAAUGAAACCAAAAUGGCCUUAAAGGAAUUAGAUUAUCCAGUAUGUUCAGAAUCUUCAGAAACGGAAACCUGAAAAAAGUAUACCUAAGGAAAAUGGCAUAAAAGGAAGAUGGAUCUAAGAGAUGGAUAGAAAAAACAGAGCCAGAGUGAUGUUCAUGAAUUAUUCCAGUUAAGGAUGGACAACCUAUGAAGAACAUCAAGGGACUUUUACUUGCACCUGGCUAAUUCAUUGAAAGGAGUGAAGACCAAUCUACAAAUACCAAAUAAAAAUGGACGUCUCACGUCCAAUUUAAAAUA